GCAACUGGUGUGGCGGCGGCGGCUGCGGGCGGCGUGAUACGGCACCCCCUCCUCCCGCCCCCUUAUGCAAGCGGGCAAUCAGAACUCCGAUCACCCGCACGCCGGCACGCCAGUGUCGUCUUCGCAACCAUGAACUCCAUCGAGCCUUUCAACCGGCUGGUGAGGCUGGCGGCCCGCGCCUUCUACGACGACGUCUCCAUGAAGGGCGACAACCAGCCCAAGACUUCCCGCGGGGACAACCGCGGCAUGGCCGUCGUCGUCCUGGACGCGCUCACCAGACGACCGUGGGUUCGGGAGGAAGAUUUGGCUAAAGCAUUGAAGCUCCACUCGAAACAGCUGCGUCGCAUUCUCCGUUUCUUUGAAGAGGAGAAACUAGUCACGAGGGAUCAUCGAAAGGAGUCAGCAAAAAACGCAAAAGCACAUAAUGCUGCAGCUGCUAAUGAUGGUCAACCAAUUGCUAAGGAGGGAGAAGAGAAAGUAAAGCUGCACACACAUUCAUACUGUUGCUUGGAUUAUGCUCAGAUCUGUGAUGUUGUAAGGUACCGGAUUCACCGCAUGAAGAAAAAAUUGAAGGAUGAAUUGGACAGCAGAAAUACAAUUCAACACUAUAUAUGUCCUAGCUGCAAUAAAAGAUACUCAGCCUUCGAUGCACUACAACUGGUAAGCUACACGGAUGAGUACUUCCAUUGUGAAACUUGCAAUGGUGAACUGGUUGCAGAGAGUGACAAGCUUGCUUCUGAGGAAAUGGGAGAUGGCGAUGACAAUGUUAGAAAGCGCAGGCGUGAGAAAUUAAAGGACAUGCAGCAAAGAAUAGAAGAGCAAUUGAAGCCAUUGGUUGCACAACUUGAUAGAGUGAAGAAUAUUCCUGCACCAGAGUUUGGGAGUCUACAAACAUGGGAAAGAGCAAAUAUUGGUGCUUUUGCAAUUGGUGACCCUGCUGCAGCUGAUUCUUCUAGGAAUUCACAAGGGCAGUAUGGUACACCAAUGCCAUACAUUGGAGAGACAAAGGUUGAAGUUGAUCUGUUGAGUGAUGGUGUGAAAGAAGGUGCUGAAUCAGGUAAAACUGAUUCUGAACUGAAAGUUUUACCUCCAUGGAUGAUCAAGGAUGGCAUGAAUCUUACUAAGGAACAAAGAGGAGAGAUAAUUGCGCCACAAAAACUUGAGAAAUCUGAUGCCAAAGAUGACAAGAAGCAUGACUUGAAAGAUGAUCAUAGUGUUCAGGAAGAAUACAUAAAGGCUUAUUAUGAGGCCUUGAGGAAAAAGCAGGAAGAGGAAGAAGCAAAAAGGAGAAUGCAGCAGGAAGGCAAGGUCUUUCUCCCAGAUUUUCAAACUGAACGCCAAGUGGGCAAGAAAUACAAGCGGGACGGUGAUGAUGAAGGUAUUGAAUGGGAAGAACAUCAACCUACAGGUUAUGCAACCGAAACAUACAAAUUGGCAGAUUUGAACGCGGAGGCUCAAGAAUCUGGAGAUGAUGAAGAUGAUAAUGUGUGGGAAGAGGGUUAAUGCUGAAAAGAUAACUGGCGACCCCUGCUCCCUCUCGAAUUUUGAACUGGUAUCCCGUCACACGGGUCAAAAUUAUUUCACUGAUGAGCCUGAUUAUGUUGAACGCAUGAUCACAAGAAAUUUUUAGUUGAAGAUGUACAAAAUAUACUUAUAUUUGAGUAGCGGGUUAACAUUUUUCUCUGUUACUUAAAUAUUUGAGUAGCGGGUUAAUAUUUGAUGUGUGGGGGCAACUUACACGCCUCUGUUUAUCUGAAAGGAAUCAGAGUGAAAAAUGACAGAUCCAAACUUCUAUACGUACAUGCACGUUUAUGUCCUGAAAGUG